AUGGAUGCACCACUAACUGCGGCAAUCCUCAUCGUGUCGACGACAGCAGCGCUGGACCCGUCUACGGACGCCUCCGCUGCGGUUCUCCACGAGGUGUUUAACGUCGACGGCGCAGGGAAAUGGACUGUCACGGACGAGAAAAUUGUCACUGACAGCAUAAUCGACAUUCAAAAGCAAAUAAUGCAAUGGACAGAUGGUCCCGAUGCGCCAAACUUCAUCAUCACAACAGGAGGCACUGGGUUUGCCGUCACUGACGCCACUCCAGAGGCGGUUUCUGCUUUGCUUCACAAACAAGCGCCAGGUCUGGUUCAUGCCAUGCUAUCCACAUCAUUGGACGUCACCCCUUUUGCCAUGAUGUCUCGCCCUACCGCGGGCGUAAGAAACAAAACUGUUAUUGCUACGCUGCCGGGCUCCCCAAAGGGAGCAAAGGAGAAUUUGCAGGCCAUCAUCAAGACUUUGCCACAUGCUUGUUUGCAAGCUGCUGGUGCCAAUUCAAGACAACUACACUCCGGCGGUACCAAGAAAUUGGAGAGAGAAGCUGGGAUCGUUGUCAAGGAGCAUUCCCAUACACAUGAUCACUCUCAUUUUCAUGAACACCAUCAUCAUGGCCACGACCACAGCCACAGCCACAGCCACAGCCAUGGACAUGGCCACGGUAACCUGGUCCGCCACUCGAAGCCCGGCGCUACUCCUCUUUCCAACGACCCAUCGCUUGGACCAACACGCCGGCAUCGAGAAUCACCAUAUCCCAUGGUAUCUGUCGAUGAUGCACUUGCCAUGAUCAAUGAGUUCACACCACAGCCAGAAAUCGUUCGCGCAAAGAUUGAUCAAAAUAUUAUCGGAUCAGUGCUGGCCGAAGAAGUCAAGGCACGCGAGAAUGUCCCCGCUUUUAGAGCCAGCAUCGUUGAUGGAUAUGCCAUUGUCGCGCCCAAGGACGGCAACUUGAAGGGCGCAUUCCCCGUCGUUGGCGUAUCGCAUGCGGCGCCGGGAGAAAUCGGUGCUCUUCAGGAAGGUCAGAUUGCCAGAAUAACAACCGGAGCACCGCUGCCUCCUGGAGCGACAUCUGUCAUCAUGGUCGAAGAUACUGUUCUGAAGAGCAUGACUGACGACGGAAAGGAAGAGAAGGAAGUGGAGAUCCAAGCCGAAGGUGUAAAGGAAGGCGAGAACGUUCGUGAGGUGGGAAGCGACGUUAAGCAAGGCGCUACCAUUUUGAGUAAAGGGGAGCAAAUCUCUGGCGUCGGCGGUGAGAUUGGUCUUUUGGCUUCCGUGGGAGUGGCGGAGGCUUCUGUCUACAAAAGACCAGUCAUUGGUAUUCUAUCCACUGGCGAUGAGAUUAUCGAGUACGACCGUCCUGGGGCGCUGAAACUGGGCGAAGUGCGCGACACAAACCGUAUCACGCUGAUCUCUGCUGCAAAGGAGUGGGGAUACGAUAUUGUCGAUCUGGGGAUUGCAAAGGACAAGUCGAACUCGCUUGAAGAGACGUUGCGUUCUGGUCUGCGACAGGCCGAUGUCUUGAUUACCACGGGUGGUGUUUCCAUGGGUGAGCUUGAUCUCUUGAAACCGACAAUAGAGCGCUCUCUCGGAGGGACGAUUCAUUUUGGUCGCGUUGCGAUGAAACCAGGAAAGCCAACCACGUUUGCCACCGUACCGGUCAAGGACAAUACUGGUCAGCGAGUGUCCAAGGUCAUCUUCUCGCUCCCCGGAAAUCCCGCCUCGGCGCUGGUGACCUUUCACCUCUUUGUCCUUCCGUCGCUCCACAAGCAGUCGGGCAUUUACCCAGUCGGUCUCUCUAGAGUGCCUGUGAUUUUGGGUCACGAGUUUCCCAUGGAUCCCCGACCUGAGUACCACCGCGCUGUGCUGACUGUCGGAGCAGAUGGUCGGUUAACAGCAAACAGCACUGGUGGACAGAGAAGCUCAAGAGUCGGCAGCAUGCGGUCUGCAAACGCAUUGAUAUGUAUGCCAAGCGGCAAAGGAAAAAUGGAGAAGGGUUCCCAAGUUCAUGCCCUGUUGAUGAAUGCAGUUAGGAGUUCAUAG